AUAAUCAGUAUACCAAGGGCAAAAGGUACUGCCUUUUCCUGGGCACUUCAUGCUGUUCCCCUCUAUCCUGCCCUCACCACUGCUGCACGUGGCUCUGGCAACAUGGGGGAAAAUGAAGACGAGAAGCUGGCCCAGGCAGGCCAGGUGUUUGAGAACUUUGUGCAGGCUUCCACCUGCAAAGGCACCCUCCAGGCCUUCAACAUCCUCACCAGGCUCCUGGACCUUGACCCUCUGGACCACAGAAAUUUUUAUUCCAAGCUCAAGUCCAAGGUGACCACCUGGAAAGCCAAAGCCCUGUGGCACAAGCUGGACAAGCGUGGAUCCCACAAAGAGUAUAAGCGGGGAAAAUCAUGUAUGAACACCAAGUGUCUCAUCAUUGGAGGAGGACCCUGUGGUUUACGUUCUGCCAUUGAACUUGCCUACCUGGGAGCCAAAGUGGUUGUGGUAGAGAAACGGGACACCUUCUCCCGGAACAACGUACUGCACCUCUGGCCUUUCACCAUCCAUGACCUACGGGGCCUGGGAGCCAAGAAGUUCUAUGGAAAGUUCUGUGCUGGCUCCAUUGACCACAUCAGUAUUCGUCAGUUACAGCUCAUCCUAUUCAAGGUCGCUUUGAUGUUGGGAGUUGAAAUUCACGUGAAUGUAGAGUUUGUGAAAGUUGUCGAGCCUCCUGAAGAUCAAGAAAAUCAAAAAAUUGGUUGGCGGGCAGAAUUUCUCCCUGGAGACCACCCUCUAUCGGAAUUUGAAUUUGAUGUCAUCAUUGGUGCUGAUGGCCGCAGAAAUACUCUGGAAGGGUUCAGAAGAAAAGAAUUCCGUGGGAAGCUGGCUAUUGCAAUCACCGCCAACUUUAUAAACAGGAAUAGCACUGCUGAAGCCAAGGUGGAAGAGAUUAGUGGUGUGGCUUUUAUCUUCAACCAGAAAUUUUUUCAGGAUCUUCGAGAAGAAACAGGGAUUGAUUUGGAGAACAUUGUUUAUUAUAAGGACUACACCCACUAUUUUGUCAUGACAGCAAAGAAGCAGAGCCUGCUGGACAAAGGUGUCAUCAUUAAUGACUACAUUGACACAGAGCGGCUGUUGUGCGCAGAGAAUGUGAACCAGGAAAACUUGCUUUCCUAUGCCCGAGAGGCUGCUGACUUUGCCACCAACUACCAGCUGCCAUCUCUUGACUUUGCCAUAAACCACUAUGGGCAGCCGGACGCGGCCAUGUUUGACUUCACCUCCAUGUAUGCCUCUGAGAAUGCAGCCCUAGUGCGCGAGCGCCAGUCACACCAACUACUGGUGGCCCUGGUGGGCGACAGCUUGCUUGAGCCUUUUUGGCCCAUGGGCACAGGCUGUGCUCGGGGGUUCCUAGCAGCCUUUGACACAGCCUGGAUGGUGAGAAGCUGGAACCAGGGAACUCCUCCCCUGGAGCUUCUGGCUGAGAGAGAAAGUCUUUACCGGCUGUUACCUCAAACAACCCCAGAAAACAUCAACAAGAACUUUGAGCAGUACACACUGGACCCGGGAACACGGUACCCAAACCUCAACUCCAACUGUGUCAGGCCCCACCAGGUACAGCACCUGUAUAUCACUAAGGAACUACACCAUUGCCCUCUGGAGAGAAUGAGCUCCAUGAGAAGGUCCGUCGGCCUCUCCAGGCGAGAGUCCGACAUCAGGCCUAACAAACUCCUCACCUGGUGCCAGCAGCAGACUGAAGGCUACCAGAAUGUCAGCAUCACCAACCUGACCACAUCCUGGCGCAGUGGUCUGGCUCUGUGUGCCAUCAUUCACCGCUUCCGACCUGAGCUGAUAGAUUUUGACUCUUUAAGUGAGGAGGAUGCUGUGGAGAACAACCAACUGGCCUUUGAUGUGGCAGAGCGUGAGUUUGGGAUACCUCCAGUGACUACAGGCAAAGAGAUGGCAUCCUCAAAAGAACCCGACAAGCUCAGCAUGGUCCUGUACCUUUCUAAAUUCUACGAGCUCUUCCGGGGCACUCCGCUGAGGCCUAUGGAUUCUUGGAGCAAAAACUAUCAAGAAAAUGCUGACUUUGACUUGGCCAGAUCGUCCAUUACCCAUAAUUAUCUUAAUCUUACGUUUCCCAGGAAGAGGACUCCUCGAGUGGAAAACCAAACCCAAGAGAAUGACAUGAACAAACGGAGGCGGAAAGGCAUCAACAACCUGGAUGAGCCUUCAGCUUUUUCCAGACGGAGCUUAAACUCUAAUCCAGAAAGCAGUAAGGAAGGUGGAAAUCAGAACAAAGUCAAGUCUAUGGCAACUCAGCUGCAGGCCAAGUUUGAGGAGAAUUCUCGGAACACAUCCCUGCAGAGGCAGGAGCACCGUGGCUCUGGCAUAGGUAAGCCCAUUGUGCGCUCCUCCUCUGACCCACCUGUCCAAGGGCAUGACCCCCAUACAGAGGAGCCCACACCCAGCCUGUCAGCUUCUCUAAAAAGGCAGCUCCCCCCAGCAAUUGUGACAGGGCAAGUGCUCCGGGAACUAAAGCAAAUAGCCACUAACGGCGAGGGCCUGAGCAGGCCCUGGAGAGCCAGAGCUAAGUCUGACCUACAGCUGGGGGUGCCCCCCCAUCCUGCCGCCCUACCUCCCACCUGCCCUGGAGCGCUGGCCCUUUCCGGGGUGUUGCGGCGGCUGCAGCAGGUGGAGGAAAAGAUUGUCCAGAAGAGGGCUCAGAGCUUGGCCAACAGGGAAUUUCACACAAAGAACAUUAAGGAGAAGGCGGCUCACCUGGCCUCCAUGUUUGGACAUGGGGAUGUCCCUCAGAAUAAACUUCUCUCUAAAGGUCUGUCUCAUGCUCUUCCUCCAUCCUCUCUCUCCUGCCUUCCAUCUCCUGAUCCAGCUUCAGCCUCUCCUCCAAAGACUGUUGACUCUGUUUCUCCUGCCAGAAAGCUGACAGUAGGGAAAGUGUCCAGCGGGAUAGGGGCUGCGGCAGAAGUGCUGGUCAAUCUGUACUUGAAUGAUCACAGACCUAAGACCCAGGCCACCUCUCCAGACCUGGAUUCUAUACGAAAGUCAUUUUCUGCUCACCUGGGUGGCAGCGACACCUGUUUCUUCUGCAAGAAGCGCGUAUAUGUGAUGGAGCGGCUGAGUGCUGAGGGUCACUUCUUCCACCGAGAAUGUUUCCGCUGCGAUGUCUGUGCCACAUCCCUGCGCCUGGCCUCCUACGCCUUUGACAGCGACGAAGGCAAGUUUUACUGCAAGCCUCAUUUCAUUCACUGUAAAGCCAACUGUAAGCAGAGGAAGAGACGGGCAGAGUUGAAGCAACAAAUGGAGGAGCAAGAUCAAAGGACCUGGGUGGAUCAGGAAGCACCUCAACGUGAUGCGCCUCCGGAAAGCUCUUGUGCAGUGGCGGCCAUUGGCACCCCCGAAGGCAGCCCCCCAGGUAUCACCACUUCCCUAGUUAGGAAGGUGCUCGGCUGGCCCUGUGGGCUGCCAGGGGUGUUGCUUCGCCUCCCCCGGAACCUGCUUAACUGGAUUCAGGGACUCCUCCGUGCCGCUGGCCACCAUAUCAGGGACAAUGCUUACAACUACUGCUACACCUACGAGCUACUCAGCCUCGGGCUGCCCCUGCUCUGGGUGUUCUCUGAGGUCCUGGCUUCCAUGUAUAGGGAAUCCCAAGAGACCUUGGAGAGCAUCCGCGUCUGGGUACUUCGAUGCCUCCCCAUCAAAUUCCAGUGAAGCCUGCCCGCCCCCAAGUGCCUUAACAUUUCCAGUACAAACAGUUGCUAAUUAGUGAAGAUGCCAAUGGUCAGGACGCUGGCAUCAUCACCCCAUUAGCUCAAAGCCAAAGAAAUUCACAGUGGUCACUUGGCCUGUCAGAGUGGACAUUUGCUCACUGGUGGUGACCAGCUUGACAUGAAGGAUGUUUUUCAUAGCAUUGUAUUUUUUUAUACCAAAGCAGGUUGUGUUUCUGGUUUACAUUUCAAUUAUUUUUCAUAAAACAAGAAAAAAAGCAUUAUUUUUUCCCAUCUGAGGAUCAGUUUUUCUGAACCUGUGUUUAUAAUUAACCUUACAGUCCCCUACCACAGGCAAUAUAUACUAAUAGUCAUUGCUUGCCUUGAUGAUUUAGGCUUUUCUAGAACAAAAUCUAGUGUGCCAUCUUCCCUGCCCAAUGCCUUUCCACUUCUGUACCUUGUUGCACUUGCAGAUAAAAAAAAAGGGAGCUGCUUUUUUUUUUUUCAACUUAAGUAUAAUGAUUUUAGAAGACAAGAAAGGGAUGGGCUGGGGAGAUGACUCAAGGUAAAAUACAUAUCUGGUGGCCUGAGACCCGGUUUCCAUCCACAGCACCACAAAAAAAAAAAAAAAAUAGAGAAAAAAGGGACAGAGUAAUCUUCUACUUAUAAAAGCACAUGGCAGCCUGUAGUUGUCUAUUAUUUGUCCUCCUAGAGUACUGUUUUGUUCCCUGUCCUGAAGUAAAUGUAGUUUACAGCUUUCCACACCCCUUCUUUAAACCAAAUGACAGCCAAAUGACCAAAGAUUUAUGAGGAUCCUACCAAAUUGCUGUAAGCCUCCAUUUCCCUUUCCUGCCAGUGAGUACUGCAGGAAAUGCUUACAGAUAACUAACCAAAGCUAACUCCAUCAAACUGAUGCAAUGUUGCAGAGGAACUAAGUCAAGAGUUCCCACCUUUGGGAUACCCUCCUCAUCCUGCCCCCAGCCUAUGUUGCCUUCUGAACAAGACAUUCCUGGCCCAAGACAGUCAGACUGAGGGAAGACUUUUUCUCUCCCUUAACUUCCUUUGAAGUAGAGGGUUUUUGUAGCAUCUCGGGGUCAUGUUUCUGGGUAGCAUGGUCUGCCAGUAAACAUUGCUUACAGGUGUCCUGGAUGCUUAGCCUGUCAGCUGCCAGACAUAGUUGACUAAAGCAGUCAGAAAGAGUUUCUUGAAAUUCUUGCUGUCCUUACAGAAGAAUGUGUCUGACCUCCAGAGGGAAGCUCCCUUGUGUACUGAUUGGCAAAGUAGGCUGGGAAUGAAGCUGUUUACUGACUAUUGCAAAAGAAAAUAGGCCCUUUUAGGAAGUUCAGAAGCAGGGGUUUACUGACCUGCAUUCUUUACUCUGAGUACUUGAACAAGGCUCAAUUCCCACUCCAUUCUGCCCAGACAUGUACCACUGCUGGGCCUGGCUGAACAAUGGAGACUGCUGAGGACCAAAAGACCUUCCUCUGUGGUCUGUGCAUCUGGAGUUAUAGGCUGGAGUCAGCUCCCCACACUGGGUGCACUAGCAGUUUCCUCCAGACCUAGCUAAGAUACAGCUAGCUGUGGUCCUCAAGAGCUAUUCAAAGGUACACAGUGCUUUAGGGGAAAAGGAUUCAAUUCCGGUAGGCCUUUCAAUCAACACUUCCCUGAAACCCUUGAUUAAAAGAGGGUUGCAAUUGUGGGCAAGUUGUGGGAACUGGUACCUUUUUCUUUGUUGCAACAGUUCUUAGUCCAAGAAUAUUCUUUCUCCCAUUUGAGAAUAAGAAUUUACUGUUCAGCAUGAUGGGCUGAGUCCUGGAUUGAUUUUAUGUUUCAUUCUAUAAAGUAAUGAUGGAAGCUUCUCUGUAUUACUCUCAUCUACACAAGUUGGGCCAAGAUGCUUGAUGGGAUGCCCCAUGAAGCCUGAGAGAAUUCUUUGAGAAUGUAUUUAUGGCUGUAAGGAGACUGGUUUGAAUUACAAUGGGGAGACAGAAUGUGCCUGAGAUGACUUUAUGUUCUAAGACUUGAACCUUCCUGGUGGACAGUACCAAAUCAUGUAGGGGUUACCCUGGCACGGAGAAUGCUAAUCUUCCACAACUUAGUAGACAAAGGGCAGUUAAACUGGGUUUGGGGUGGCAGUGGGGUGCUGAACAGCAAUCUAUGGACUCCAGCAGCUGUUAACAUGUAAAACAGCAUGUAAACAAACCAUCCGUACAUCAAAAGUUGGUUACCACCAGAAAGGUUUGUCUGUCUUAAAUUAGGGAUUUGUUCAAGAGGAAUUUCCCACUUUUCAAACUGGUUGCCUUCUUUUCAACUCCUUUGUCUUCUUCAACACUUGACAUUUCUCCUUUUCUCCCCAAACUAAAUUCGUUUUUCUGUCUCUUUCUCUGAUUCCAACCUUGCACUGUGGC